UAAUCUGUAAAAUGGGCCGUUGCACAUCCAAAUAUCAAAAAGACCAGAAGAAACAAACAAGAAAAAUAGAUGAACAGUUAAGGAAGGAGCAUUCAAUGGAUAUGCGGAUUAUAAAGCUAUUAUUACUUGGUGCUGGAGAAAGCGGGAAAAGCACAAUUUUAAAGCAAAUGAGAAUUCUUCACAAAGACGGCUUCUCUAGACAAGAUUUGGAAUUAAUUAAACCUGUUGUUAUUUGCAACACUAUUCAUUCAAUGCUUGCUAUUCUUCGAGCAAUGUUUCACCUCCACAUAGACUAUGGCGACCCCGAAAGACUGAAAGAUAGUCAACUUGUUUUUGCUACAAUUCAUGCCAACAGGGAAGAAUUAACCGAUGAAUUAGUUGACGCCAUGCAAAGGCUAUGGAAGGACGAAGGCGUCCAAGAAUGCUUCAGACGGUCUAAUGAAUACCAGAUAGAUGAUUCCGCAAAGUAUUUCUUGGACAAUCUAGCAAGGUUAGGCGCCCACAACUAUAUGCCUACAGAACAGGAUUUGCUUAGAACAAGGAUAAAGACAAGUGGAAUUACUGAAGUGCUCUUUGAACUUAAAGGCCUUACGUUUAGGGUAAUCGAUGUUGGUGGACAGCGGUCUGAACGGAAAAAGGUAUAUAACAGCUUCGGACUAAAAAUUUCCGGAAAACAAUGUAAUACCAAAAACAAAUACUGA